AUGUUUAAGUUCUAUUUCAAUAAACUGAAAUUCUAUCUAAAAUUAGUAUACUUUUUAAUUUUAGCAAUGACAUGUGUAAUGAAUUGUUUAAAUGCACCUGCCAUCAUUUGUUCAUUGUCUGAAUGUAAAAAUCCAGUAAAAACAGAUAUAUUAGCUAUGUUUUCUCGAUCUAUUGCUAUCACAUGCCUCUUAUCUAGAAUUACAAAUAUAUUUAAAAGUAAGAAUGAUUUUCCAAACUACAUGAAAAAAGUUGAAGAGUAUGAAAUUUACUUUCCAGAAAGCAUUUCCAAAAAAAAAUAUCUUUAUUUCAUUUCUAUAGCUAUAAUAUUUGCGUACAUAAUUAUCAUAGUGCCCAUAAACAUAUUAAGGAUUUAUUUGAUUUAUUCUAACUUUGGGAAAAUAAAUGCUAUGUUUUUUUAUACGAUGAUGUACAUACAUAAUUGGAGCAUUUGUUCCACAGAAAUACAUUUUAUUGUACAUUGUAUUGGAUUGUUCCAAAAAUUUCAAUCAAUCAAUGAGGAAAUGGUUACGCUAAAGAUAAAAACUAUAUUAAAAAACAAAUAUCCAGUUGUAUUACAAAGUGAACGGCUAAAUAAUAAUAACACUUUUGUUGAUUUGGAAACCCAAGGUGUUUCACCAUCUUCAAUACUCAUCGUAGUCCAUCAACUAGCUAACCACGUCGAACUAAUCAGGAUGAAGCAUCAAUUUGUCCGAGACAUCGCUGUUAAACUUAACGAAUUAUAUGGCAUACAGUUAGGAUUGUCCAUAUGUCUAAUAUUUAUAAUGGCAUUAUUUGAUAUUUACGGUGCAUUAUCUGUUGAAUCUAACGUGACCAAAACGAAUUUUCUACUUUACGGAUGGCUUCUACAAUAUUCGUUCAGAUUUUGCGUAAUUGUAUUGACAUCACAUAUUACUACAACACAGGCACACAGGCCAAAAAUGAUAAUAACUGAUAUAAAUAACCGUUAUAUAGAUAACAGAACAAAACAAGAGUUACAACUAUUUUUAAGUCAAUUGUCUAGUCGUCCGGUAGAAUUUACUACUUGUGAUUUGUUCACAUUGAACAUUCACCUCAUCACAUCUGCUUUUGUUGCUGGUACAACUUUUCUAAUUUUACUAUUACAAUUACAUUGA